AAUAAAACGAAGAAGAAGCAAGUUUAUUGGUUGUAGGAGGACGUUAAAUGUCACCCAGGGUUGGUUAGCUAACGCUAGCUGACGUUUAGCUCGGAGGCGGAAGCAGCAGCAGCAGCAUGUCCCAGCAGGAGCUGGUUGUGGACUCAGGACCGAGCAACAGAGCUGUCAGAGAGGGGGGACGGAGGAGAAGCCCACUCGGACUGGUCGUCACCGGGGUUGUUGGAGGCUCGCUGGUCGCUCUGUACGCGGUGGCGGCUCCGUUUGUCGCCCCUGCCCUCAGGAAAGUCUGCCUGCCGUUUGUCCCAGCCACCACGGCUCAGGUGGAGAACGUCCUCAGGGUGCUGCGGACCAGAUCAGGGACUCUGGUGGACAUCGGAAGCGGAGAUGGAAGGAUAGUGAUAGCAGCAGCGAAGUGUGGAUUUCAGGCGUCCGGCUUGGAGCUCAACCCGUGGUUGGUUUGGUAUUCUCGCUACAAGGCCUGGAGAGAGGGGGUCCACCGCUCCACCUCCUUUCACAUCUCGGAUUUGUGGAAGGCUAGUUUUGCUCAGUAUUCCAAUGUUGUCAUUUUUGGAGUUCCCCAAAUGAUGGAUCAGCUAGAGCUAAAGCUGGCAAAUGAGCUGCCCAGUUCAGCCAAGGUGGUUGCCUGCCGCUUCCCCUUUCCCACAUGGGUCCCUGAAAGCACUGAGGGGGAAGGCAUAGACACCGUGUGGGUGUACGAUGCCAAAACAUUUCAGUCAGAUCUGCACACUGGAAAGACGAGGAACACGUCGUUAGAAGACGAACCGGAUCCGCACACUUGAGAUCACUCAGCGUUUCCAAGACCUCCGUGGACUAUGAUAUUAUAUAGUUUAGAAGUAGCCUGUUAAGACUUGUGUUUUAUGGGCAAAAACAUGCUUUAAAUGAAACGAUUGAAAUCACGACAUUAUUUUGUGUACAAAAUAAGACUCUGAUUCAAAGUUGCCAACGCUGUAUUUUUCACAGCAACAGUGGUCAAUAUUUGUGCAUCAUUUGUGUUGUAUUUAAUAAAAAAAAUAAAUGCUGUAGGGUAAAA